AUGCCGUCUGAAGUUGAAAACAUCAACUACCUAUACUUGGUAUUGACCAAUGACGGCAACCCAACUAUUGAUUGGGACGCUGUCUCCAGUGCGCUUGACCUCAAGAAAGGCGCGGUCACAAAGCGAUGGUCGCGCCUUAAGCAGGCUAUGGAGAAGAACGAGGUCCCCGGGGGUACCACAUAUCAGUUUCUAUGGCUUUGUGUCAAGCACAAUACGCGCGCUCAACCACCGAACUGGAACGACAUCGCUGCCAAAGCCAACACUACUGCUGGAGCGGCAUCAAAGCGCUACUCCCGGAUGAAGAAAGCGUUUGAAGAGAACGGCACUGCGCCUUGUCCUUCAUCGCCUGUCAAGGACACUCCCAAAUCUACUGUUAAGAAGUCUCGCAAGACUGCCACUUCGUCCGGCGAUGAUGUUGAUGUCACCCAGACCACGCCGACUCCUAAGCGCAAGCGUGCAUCUCCGAAGAAGAAGGUCGCCUCCGCCGAGGACGAAGCCAAGUUUAGUUCUGAUCCGGAGAAUGAGGACGAUCAAGAAGAACUCCUAGAGUCCAAGCCCAAACGCGCCAAGGUCGGAAAGACUAACAGCAUCGUCAUCCCUAAGCCUAAGCCCAAGAGCAUCAUCAAGGAAGAGGAGACUAGCAAGGCCAAUGUUACCUCUUUCUCCGACGCUCAGGAAAGUUCCACCCCUCAGGACGAGGCUGAAGAAGUCGACCACGAUACUUACUCCAUUCAUGAACGUAAG